AUGGCUGCCAUCGCGCAACUGUACGCAGUGGUUCGCGAGCCUUUGGAGCCGAAUGCGAGCGAUGACGAGCUGUGGGAGGACCACCUGAAGGUCAGGGAACUGGUUCAGCGGCUGAGGCGGAAGCAGGGCACUGGCAUCGCCCGAGAUGCAGCAGGCACAUCGGACUUUACCACCCUCGAGGCGUGGCUGCGAGCUGAGGGGGCGAUCAUCCAAAAGGUUGAAGUUGGCGUGAGUGGCGCAGGGAUGGGCAACGGCCUCUUUGCGACGGAGACCACGGAAGUGGGCGAGACGCUGCUGCAGAUCCCUUCAAAAUGCAUGCUGUCAGAGGUGACAGCAGCAUCCUGCAGCAAAAUUGGCAGCUUCGUCACCUCCGACCCGAUGCUGUCAGCAAUGCCAAAUCUGGCGCUGGCCGUCCACCUCCUUGCCGAGCUCAAUGACCCUGCGUCGCCGUACCGGGCGUACAUUGCGACGCUGCCGUCGUCUUUUCCGCUGCCGAUGACGUGGAGCGAGCGCGAUAUUGCUCGCCUGCGCGGACUGCCGCUCUUUGCUCGCGUUUUGCGCCUCUACCGCAACGUCGCCCGCCAAUACUGCUACCUCUACACACGCAUUGUGGAGGGUGCUCUGCGCCCGGCCAAGCAAGACACACAGACCACUGCUGCCAAGAACAAGAAGAAGAACAACGGCAAGAAGGGUGGCAAGAAAGGCACGAAGAACGCCAGCAGCACCAGCGUUGAGGCAACCAGCAGCAACAGCGUCGAGGCAACCGGCAGCAACAGCACGAGUGGCGCUGCGCUGACACCGUCGUCGUUUGUGUAUGAUGAUUUCGUGUGGGCGCAAUCGACUGAGUUUAGCGUUGAAAACGAUGCCCUGGUCUUCAAGGCACCAGAGUCAUGCAGCAAAGGGGCACAGGUGUGCAUGAACUACGGCCAGCGCUCCAAUGAGGACCUGCUGCUGUUCCAAGGGUUCGUGGACGGCGACCACCCCGCCGACACCGCCACCCUCAUCUUCGAUGUGGAUGCGGACGUGGAAGCGCGACCGGUUCGCCUCAUGCUGCUCAAGAACCUCGGCAUACAAGUGCCCGGCCCCUUCCAUGUGGAUGCGUUCCCACACCCGCUGGAUCCGCAGCUGCUCGCCGCCUUACGCGUCGCCGCAAUGGGCAAAGAUGAGUUGACUGCGCGGCUGCGUGACCCAGCGAGCUGUGCGGACUUGGGUGAGGAGAAGGACGGCGUUGUGUCCGCGGAUUGUGCGAGGACAGCCAACGCCUUGCUUGCUGCAGCCCUUGCUCGAGCGAGCGCCGCCGGCCCCAGUGGCGAUGAGGACAAGCAAGAGGGGAAGGAGCAAGACGACAGCAGCGGAGAAGCAGAAGCAACAGCUUCGCCGAAAGCUUUGGUGCGUUUGGGUUGACAGUGAUGUUGCUGCACUGGCGCGUUGCCUGGUUGGUUGGGUUGCUGGGUUGGCAGUGGUGGUGUGAUGAGUGAGCAAACGGCUGGGGUUUGAAUAGCACCUUCUGCUGGGCUGUUUCUCAUGUUGUGUGCUUGCCUGCGUGGGAUUUGCAGGUGAACAGCCUGUGGCGAGCGAG